AUGGCUCUCACCGUGUCGGUAUCGACGGUCAAUGGGAAGACCUUCGAGGUUCAGUGUGAGAAGGAGGACACUGUGGGAAUUGUUCGUGCAGAGCUUGAGCAGAAGCACAUUGAGGUCCCGGCCGGCUGUUUCUUGAAGCUCUUUCACGGACCACAGGCCCUUCACGAUGGCGUCACGGUGGCAAAACUCGACCUGUCGCAGCCCGUUUUCGCCGUGAUCGGGCGGGAGACCAAAGUAGAAGUUCUUCUGGAGGCCGCAGGUUCGUGGCUAGGCUACAAGGAACUGGUGCAGGCGGCAGCGGCUUCCUGCGAAGGACAGAAGGUCAAGGUCAUCAAGAAGAUUCCUUCCAUUCUCGAUGUGUUGGAGGACAUGGGUGGGCAGAAACCGGAAGUCGCUGAUCUUCGCCAGGGCGAGAAGGGCUUGCAGUUCAAGGCGGAGAACGGACACCUGCUGUUACCGAGUCUCAACCUCGAAGAUCUGCGAGGGUUUUCCAAAGUGAUGUUCUCCGUGAAGCUGAACUCUGAUGUCCACAAUCAAGGUCUCGGAGUUGUCGUGGUGCAACCCAGCUCCAUGCAGUGCGACAAGGACCAAGAAGGCAUCCCCAAGUUCCUCUACAACGGGUAUGGGUUGAAAGCAGACAAGAACAGCAAUGCGAUCAAGUUUCACCCCGGCAUGGGAGGAGGACAGCUGCGGGUCGAAGGUGUAGGUGGCUUCGGCAACCAAAACAUCGGUUUCACUCCUGAGAACUGGACCGACAGUGGAAACUCCUUCCACACUUUAGAGGUGAGCCUUGGCACAGACGGCCUAAACCACCUGAAAUUUACGGGACAUCAAGGCGCAGUUUGGGAACGCACCUGGGAGAACCGGCUGACGGACGGGCGAUACACGCCUGAGCUGCACGCCUGGUUGGAUAUGGGAGGCAGCUUCAAUCCCGGGAGUUACGUCAUCUACGGUGAUAUCGACGUGGAGGUUCAUGUCAACGUGCCAGAGACAGAGGGAGUGGCUUAG